GUCUGGUGAGAAUUGAGAAUUGCGGAAAAAAAUGGUUCCGAUAUUGUACUCCUAUUUCUGAAUUUACAGAAUUUGGAAUAUAAAAUUUUUCUUUUAUUUAUAGAAUUGUUAACAAAUGAAAAUUCGAAUAGAUUUCAUGUGUGAAAAGUGUAUUGCAUUAUUGACCACCGGGAAUAAUAUCGUCGAACGGUGAAUUCGAGGAGAAAAACUAUGUCAACUAGUGACGUGUUAAUAACAUCUUGACAUCCGAAAUAAUACAAAUAAAACUUCGCGAUGUGGAGUGCUUCCGAGGAACCUCCGGGGCCAAUGGAGGGCGGUCCACCCGAGGAACCUGGUGGUGAUGAUGAUAAUAAUAAGGAAUCGUGUGAGAAGGAUAAAAGUCAAUUAGAUUCCCUCAAGGAUAUUAUGCUUCGCAAUAAACAGAGUCUUCGUAAGAAGGAGGAGGAAAUUCAGGAGUACGCGAAGAAAUUAACGAAAUUCAAAACGAGAGCAAAAUUAUCGAAGAGAAAUCGAGACGACACUUCCGGUGAAUCGACGCCAAAAUCAAUUUCAGAAGCAUCAAUCUCGGAGCCUUUGGACGAUGAAGUGGACGAUAUUAGUCAGGCGAAAACGCCAAAAGCAAAAUCGUCACUUUUACAAAGGAAACUCGCGGAGGAUAAGAAAAUUUUUGAGCAACGAAGAAGUGAGAUAACCGAGAGUAAACGUGCCGUUGAGGAAAAAGUUGAAGCCAUCCGUCAACAAUUGGAGGAACGAGAACAGCAGUUGCCAAUCACGCCCGUCGUAUUGUCUCAGGGUGCGGCGCCAUUAAUUCAAAUGAGCUUCCAACAGGAUAAAGACAAUAAAAUUGCCGAGCUUAGCAAUCGAAUUUUAGAAUUAGAGGCUACUGUUCUUGACCUUAGGGAAAAUUUGAGAGAAAAGGACUCGGUUAUUGAUUCAAAGACAAAAGCAGUGACACUAAUGUCGGCGGAUCUUUCGCUAAAAGGGAAAACAACGUUGGAUACACUCGAGGACACCAAGGACGAGAUGCGUACCAUGCAGGAACAUUUUAUACUUUUAGAGACUUCCUUGAGAAGUAAAAACGACAAUCUUCUCGAGCAAUUGGAGGAAAAAACGAAUAAAACCGUAGAAUUAGAAGAAACGCUCAAUCGAUUACAGGACCAAUUGCGAAAUCAAAAACUAUCGGAAUCGGCGAUAAAUGAUUUCUCCCGCUCGACAAUGAACACAUUGGCGGACACAAAGGAAGAAAUGAAAUCAAUGCAGGAGAAUUUCAUUCUCGUUGAAACGUCAUUGAAGACAAAAAAUGAACAUCUCCUGCAACAAUUGGAGGCGCGUGAGACAAAACUCGCCGAGGCGAAGGAAACGAUUUUCAAAUUAGAAUCUGGUCUUGGAAUAACGAGAUCGCCCGAUAUUGACGAUUUUGAAUAUAAAUUAUCGAAACUCGAGGAAAAUAAUCGACGUCUACAAGACGAAAAAUAUGAAUUACAAAAGGAUAAUGUCGAAUUACAAAAUAAAGUCAUAACACUACAAUCAACGAAUGGCAAUGGUGUGAUUGUCGAGAAAGACAAUCGAAUUGCCGAACUUGAGAAUUUAAUUGAGGAACUGAAGAAAUCUAAUCAACUAUUGGAGGAGGAAUCAAAGGUCGAAUUAGAGAAGCAAGUCAAUGAAUUGAUGACGAAAAAUGAGGAGAUUUCGAAUAAAGUUGUUGAUUUGGAGAAAAUUGUGCAUGAUUUGGAAAGUGAAAAGAAUGAUCUCGUGGCUAAAAUUCCUAGUGAGAGUAAAAAGGCUGAUGAGAAGGUUGUUAAGUUGACGAAGGAAAUGGAGGAGAUGAAUAAGGGUUUGUUGAAAAUCAAGGCGCAACACAAGAGUAAAGUGAAAAAUCUUCAGCGACAAUUGGAGAGCUUCCGAAAGGUAUCAGACGUGAACGCGGAAUUGGUGAGACUUGGGAACCAGGUGGCAGUUCUUGAGGAGGAGAAAGGUAACCUUCAGCUGAGUCUGGUAGACUUUGACGAGCUUAAAGCAUCCGCAGGCGAAUGGAAAGAGCAAAUUUCUGACCUCGAAGGUAAGGUCAAUGCUCAAGCGAAAGAAAUUCAAGGUCACAUCGAUGCGAUUGCUGCUUUAGAAAAUCAGAAGCUAGAUCUUAUGCAAGAAAUUCACGCAGUGAAGCAGGAGGUGUCAGCGUUGGAGGAGGAGAAUGCAGAAUCGGAAAAUUUACGCGUCACUGCCGAAAUGAAAAUAGUCGACCUAGAGGAACAACUCGAAGCUCAAAAUAAAAUUAUUCAAAAUGAUUCUAAGCAAACGGACAUUUUUGCUGAAUUAACAACGAAAAUAGAAACCCUCACCAAAGAAAAUGAAGAAUUACAACAGAAAAUAGCGAAAGGAACGUCUGAUUCAGGAUCAACGGAAUCUUUCGAAACUCUACAGGAGACAGAUCGCAGUGAAUUGCUCAAGAAAAUUGAGGAAAUCUCCCAAAGAAAUAAUGAUCUAUUAAAGAAAUUGUCGACACUCGAGGAGAAGACGGAUUCAAAUGUUGGUUCAACGGAUUCAUUUGAGGCGAUCAACGAACACGAUCGGAAUGAUUUAAUGAAACGAAUCGAUGCAUUGACACGUGAGAAUAACGAUUUAGUGAUAAAAUUGAGUAAAAUCGAGGAGAAGGGAUCUUCCGAUACGGGAUCGACGGAAUCUUUCGAGAAAAUCCCCGAGCAUAGCGAUAGUAGCAUUAAAAUUGAAAUGCUCACCCGGGAGAAUAAUAAUCUUGUCAUAAAACUCACGAAACUCGAGGAGAAACUUGCCGAUGGUUCGCUGGAGGAACUUCGAAAAUUAGAAGCCGAACGUAAUGAACUUUCGGCGGAAGUUGAAAAGUUGAAAACUUCUGUUUCUCUUUCGGAAACAGUCGUUGAAUCAGAAAAAACUGGAGCUGGAACAGCUGAAACAGAGCUGGAGAUCGAAACUUUGAGGAAGUUGAUUGAAGAACAGACGGAGAGGAUAGAAGAGAUGAAUAUUAGGUUGACAGAAAAGGACGAAGAAUUAAGGGAGAAAUUGCUGGAAGUUGAUCGUUUGGUCCAGUUGGUGGAACAAAAGGAAGAAUUAGAAGGACUAGUGAAGAAGCUAAAGGAAGAAUUAGAAAAUACGAUCAGUACUUUCGAGGAAAAAUUAGAAGCGGAAGGUCAAAGUCUCAUGGCGAAGGAUAAGGAGAUAGUUGCACUGAAGGAGAAAAUAAAGAUUAAGGAAAAAGACCUCAUGGAUAAGUACGCACAACUUCAGAACGAAAUGAUAACCAUCGACUCCCUGCAGGAUGAACUCGAACAAAGAAAACACGAUCUUCAGCAAAAGGACACAGUGAUCGUGUCUCUCACGGAAGAAGUCAACGAUUUGAAAGUAUCUCGAAAGUGGGAAAUCACAACCGCUAAGAAGCACAUCGAGGAGUUGAAAAAUCAACUCAUUGUUAUGAAGAGUCCCGAGGAGUUCGAGCACGUACUCCAGGAGAUGCGGGCAAGAGUUCUAGAAGUUACGGACCUGGAGAACAAGUUGCAGGAGCAGACUGAGAAAAUCAAGGAACUUGAGGCACAAAUCGAGUCCGCUCAAGCGUGGGCUAAUCAAAGAUCAGAGAUCGAGGGGAAUCUGAGGACUGAAAUUGAGGAAACGAAAUUACAGAGCGGGGAGCAGAUCAACUAUUUGCAGAGUAUGUUGGAUUCGAAUGCGAAAUACGCCGAGGAGCUCAAAAGUGAGUUGGACCAAGUUUAUCAGCAAGUGGAGAGAUUGAAAGUGAAGCAUGUCGAGGAGAUGGAUAUGCAGAAUAGAAGAUUGGAGGAAAUUAUCGAGGAUCUGCAGAAUAAGGUUUUGGAGACGGAGAAUUUGAAGGGGGAAUUGGAAAUGUCGAAAAAAAUUAAUACCGAGGGGGAGAAUCCGCAAGGGGAGCUAGAGGCGAAGAUCAGUGAUUUAGAGCAGCAACUUGGGGAAUCUUCCCAGAAGUCGCAGAAACAAUUGGAGAAGAUGAAGAAACUUGUGGCGAAUUUGAAGAAAAAAUCGGCGCUCUGUGAGGAAUUGGAGACCAGGGUGAAGGAACUCGAGGAAGAGCUGAGUGGCGAGAAGAGUUUGAAAGAGGCGUUGAACCAAGAAAUCAAGGAGAAGGAUUCUCUUCUCCAGGACAAGGAUUCUUUGAUUCUAGAAAAAAAUUCUUUGAUACUGGAAAAGGACAAGAACCUCGAGGAGAAGGAAGCGAUUCUGCAAGACAAGGAGUCUUUGAUACUGGAGAAGGACAAAAAUCUGGAGGAGAAGGAUUCUUUGUUACUGGAAAAGGACAAAAAUCUAGAGGAAAAGGUUUCUCUUCUACAGAACAAGGAUUCUUUGAUUCUGGAAAAGGACCAGGAUCUCGAAGAGAAGGAAACGAUUCUCCAGCAGCAGGCGAGCGAACUAAUUCGAAAAGAGCGACUCCUAGAGGAGGCGAUGGCAGAACUUCUUCUGGAGAAGAACAAAUCGGAGGGAAUUCUGGAGGAGAAAACAAAGACACAAGAAAUUCUUUCGGCAAACGAGGAAAUGCUUCUUGCCCGGGAGGAAAUUCUCCGAGGACUCGAAAACCAGGUGACGUUCCUCGAAAACAAGGUUCUGGAGGUCGAGAACGAUCAGCAGGAGGGGUACAAAACUACCGAGAGACUCGGUUUCGAACUCGAGGAGGCUAGAGGAAGAUUGCUGCUCCUGAUGAGGACGAUCGACGACGGAGAGGAUUCGUUCGACUCCCUGCUGGAGAAGUGCAAGCGUCAGCAGAUCGAACUCGUGGAGGCGAAGGACAACGUCCGGGAGCUGAGUGUUCGAAUGCAGGUCAUGGAAGCCGAGUACGUGGAUCAAUUGUCAAUUAUCCAGAGUUUGAAGACCGAGAACGGAAUGCUCUCCUCCAGGUAUAGUCAGAUUAACGAACGGCUCGAGAACGCCGAAAAGGAGUCAGAGGAACGAAAAAUCCUCCUUGAAGAGCGGAAGAUUCGUUUAGAUACACUCGAACGCGAAAAUGAGGAGCGAAAGGUUCUUCUAGACACACUUGAAAGCGAAAACAAGCAAAAAACCCAAGAAUUGGAAUUGGAAAACGAGAGGAGGAAUCAACUGGAGAAUCUUGAGGUUCUAGCCGAGGAGCGAAGGAAACGUCUCGAAAAUCUAGAAACGGAAGCAGAGGAACGAAAGGCAAUUUUGGAGAGACUGCAAAUUGAUCUGGAGAAGAAGGAGGCAGAAGUUGUAGAUUUACUCGCGAAGGGUCAAGCGGGUGAUCAUCAAGUGCAUUCAGGAUACAAGUGCGAGAGGUGCGAGCAGUGUCAGACCCUGGUUCACACUCUGGAGGCAAGGUUGCAGGAGCGGGACGCUCAGAUCGAGAAUUUAGAUAACGAACUCGCGAAUUCGGUCGUCAACUUCGUGCAGAUGCAGGACAACAUUAGAAUUAAUAAUCUAGGACAGAAUCGAUCACUCCAGGAGUCGUAUAAUGAUCUAAUGAUGCAGUACAAUGGUCUUUCGUCGGCGAACGAGGAAAUGAAGCUCCAACUCACGGCGACUCUUGCCGAAAAUCAGGAAUUGUUGCAGAAAAUCCAGGCUCUGCAGGAAUUGAACAUUUCCCUCGAGGAGAGGACUCAGGCUGUUGAAAUCGAGUUGGCGAGCGAGAAACUUGCCGCCGAGUCGCUUCGGAGCGAACUCGAGUCUUCCCAAAGUUCGAUUCGGAAAAAUUCGGAAGAACCGGAUUCGGAAGUCGGGAAAGUGAAGAGAGAAGCGGCGCCUUUGUUCGACGCAUCGAAAGUGUUUGGCGCUUCGUCUGAUCAGUCAGAAUUAGCCAGACUUCGCGAAAUCGUGGCCGAAAAGGAAAAAGUCGUCCAGGAAUUGUCAGGAGAAUUCGAGAAGUGUUUAGCGAGGUGUUCGGAAAUGGAGCGAUUGGCGAAUGAGCGAUUAUCGAAACUGGAAGACUUGGAGAAUAGAAAACAGGUCGAGGAAAACCAAGGGAAAGAACUCGAGGCGCUUAGAACCGAAAAAGAGGAAAUUAGGGCAGAGCACGAACUUUGUAGGUUUAGGAUUAUCCAACUGGAGAACGAGAUAAAGAACUGCGACGCAGGUCGAGUCAUUGAGGUUGAAGAACGCGUUGGAAAAAUACAGCGGGACAAUGAAUUGUUCCAACUGCAAGUUAACGAUCUCCAACGAGCUUUAGAGGACGCCAAGGAGUCGACAGUUCCUGUCAGAAGUCUCCAAGAAGUCCAGGCGGAGCUGAAAAUCGCCCUUCAGGAGCGGGACCAACUUCUCCUCCAGGUGGAAAAUUUAACCCACGCUCUAAAAUCUGAAAAAACCCCGGAGGAUGAAACGGCUUCGAAAGAUCUUUUGGAAACACUUUCGAAAGUUGCAGCGGCUUCGGAAACACUCGAAGUUCCUACGGAAACACCAAGAGACGAAUCCGCCUGGGAAGUGGAAGAAGAAGGCUGGGGCUUCCCCGCAGAAACAACGGCGGAACUUCUUCCCCUGACUCCGAACGUAGAACUUCGUCUUGAGACCAGAAUAGCAGAGCUAGAGGAUCAGUUACGCGUCCUCGAGACCGAAAAGUCGAAAAUUCUGGAGGACAACAGUAAUAUUUCGGCGAAAUGCGGAAAGUUGAUCAAAAAACUAAAAGAGUAUAAGGUCCAGGUCGAUAAUUUGCAACAGCAGCUAAAGUCCAGGAAGCUGACCAGCGAUAUGUGCGAUCUAGACUCGAUGUUUAGUGACGAGAUAAAUUCUCAAAUUUUCACUCUAGAAAAAACGCUUUCGGAGGCUAGGGAAGAAGUGAAGACGACGCUCAAGGAGAAGGAGAAUCUUACGAAUCGUCUCGAUGUUCUGAUGGCAGCCAACGAGCAGCACGUCGAGUUGAAAGAGAAGCAAGACAUGGAAAUGCAGGUCCUAGAACUACGACUGCGGGAAAUGGCGCAAAAAUUGGAGAACUCGCAGAAAAUGGAAACUGGAGACGAGGAAUUGAAGGAGAUGGUCAAGCAACUACAGGAGAAGACCACGGCGCUCGAUGUCGAGAAUCAGGAACUACAGGCGGCGCUGUAUCAGCAGAAGACGAAUCGCUUGGCGCUCGAGACGAAAUUGGCGAAAUUGGCCGUCGACGAAGCGACGACAUCGGAAGUGAAAAAAUUAAGUGAUGAUAAUUUGCAGUUGGAGAAGAAUUUAGAAAAGGUGAAAGAGGAGUACAGUGUCUUGAGAAAGCAGUACGAGCAGAGUUUGAUGGACGCUAACGACCAGGUGCAGGCGAUGAGGCAAAAUUCCGAUCUUCUGAAAGAGGAAGUCGCGAGAAGAAAAGAGGAAUUCGACACGGAGCUCGAAAAUAUGCGGCGAGACUCCGAACAAAAGAGUUCGAGUUUGUCCGAAAGUGUUCAGCAGAAGGAGCAGGAGAUUCUUCAGAAAACUCAAGAAAUUCGUGAACUGAGAGAGGAAAUUGUCCAAUUGGGAGAAAUGACCGAAAAGUUGUCCGAAUCUCUAAAAGAGAACGAGAGACUGAACCUCCUCCUCGACGAGAAAAUUCAGAGGGAAAACGAAAAUGCGGAAAUAGUUUCGAUUCUUGAAAAUAAUUUCCAAACACAAACAGCCAGUGUGCAGAGUCUUCAGGAGAAUGUCCAGAAAUUACAGAACGAAAUCGCCGAAUUGAAAAAAUUACUCGGGGAAAAAUCGACCGAAAUUUUGCACUUGCAGGAAGAGGUGCAAAAAUUGCAAGAGGAGUUAGAGGGAAAGUCUCGGGAAAAUUGGGAAUUGGGGCAAAAAUUGAGUGUCGACGAAAAGGAGAUCGAGAGGCUCGAGGACGACAAGACGGAGUGUCACGAUAAUCUCCGAAUCGAACUCGAGGCAAAACGACAGGAACUUCAGGCGAAGGAAAUCGAGCUCGAGUCUUUGAGGAAAAUAAUUUCAGACAAUGAACUUCUGCUCAGUGAGUUCGAAACGGAAAAAAACAAACAGCAGGAAGAAUUACUCCGACUUCAAGAAGAACAAUCGAAUUUUGAAGAAAAGGCAAAAGAAUUCGUAGAAAAGGCAAAAGAAUUCGAAGUGAAAGAGAGAGAAUUCGAAGAGAAAUUUUUGUCGGACAGAAAACACUACGAAGAGAAGUUUCUGAAGAGAAAUGAAGAAUUCAGGGAAGAAUUACAAGAGAAGCUUGUGGAUAACGAGGAGCAUCUGCUGCGAAUGUUCGCCAUGCAGGAGCAGGAACUCAGAGCAGAAAUUCUGGAGAAAGAGGAGGAAGUGCAGCGAAUGAUCGCCGAGAAGGAGGAGGAACUCGGGCGAAAAAUUACCGAGAAGGAAGAAGAACUACGACAGAAACUUUUCGAGAAGGAAGAAGAGCAUCGACAGAAGCUCUUCGAGAAGGAGGAGGAACUAAAACAGAAAAUCGCCCAAGCUGACGAUCUCACGGACAAAAAUCGUAAAGAUUCGGAGAAUCUACGCAAAACUGCCGACGAAGUUCCAAUGUUCAGAAUGGGAGGCGAUGAGGAAAUUGAUCAACUAAAGGCGCAGUUGACGCAGAAGCAACUGCAAGUGGAACACCUCGAGGCUUCGCUGAAUCUAAAUACCUACACGCAGAUAAUUCAAGAGUUACAAGAUACGGUGAAUCAGUUGUACAAUGAGAAGACGCACUUUGAAAUGACUCUGGCGACGUUCUCGCAGAAUUUGAAGGAACAGGUGAGUGAGAAGGAGGUGGAGAUUAAGAAUCUGAGGCAGGAACUUGAGGUGCAACGGCAGGAGGCGAAGGUUCAGAAGGAAGAGGUGUCGCCUCGGAUGAGUCGGAGGAAGAGAUCGUUGGAUGAGGAGGAGAAUCAGAGAUUGAGGGACGCUUUGAGAGCAUGGGAGCAGGAGGUGCAGGAUUUGAGGCAGAUUCUCGCGGAAAAGGACGCGCAACUCAUGGAGGAUUCUUCGGGCGGUGAUAAAAUGAUGAUUGAGAGAUUGAUGAGCGAGAAGGAGCAGAUGAGAAUUGAGUCGCAGGAGAAUUUGGAGAGAAUGCUGACUGAGAAGCAGAUUCAGAUUGAAGAGGUGAGAUCGAGACUCGAGGCGGAGAACGAGAGCCUACUCAACGAUUUGAAACUAAGAGAGAGAGAUAUUGAAAAUCUUCGACGACAAAUUGAGGAAAUUGACUCGUCGCACGAUGAACAAUUGCAAAAGAAAAUCGCCGAGAUUGCCUACGCCGGUAACGAUCUUGCCGAGAGAGAUCGAAGACUCGCCGAAAUGAGUGUGACAAAAGAUGCGGAAAUACAAAAUCUCAAAUUACAAAUACACGACAAGGAAUUGAGAAUCGAGGAACUACAGGCAUUGUCCGACGAGGAGGAAAGACAGCUAACGGAUCUAAAAAUGAUUCUUGAAACGCGCGAUCAUGAGGUGAGCGAAUUGAAGCAACAGUACGAGGAGAAAUUAAAGGAAUUGGAAUUGAUUCAACAUGCAUUGAGGAGGCACGUGACGAAUGCGGAGGAUUCAGAAGGAACGAGUCUCGAUUCAUCGGCGAAUGAAUUGGAUUUGGCGCUCUAUAUGCUUCAUCAACGUGAUAUGAGAUGUGAUGAGCUGACUUUGGAGUUGAUGCAAUUGUUGGAGGAGAGGGACACUUUACAAUUGAGAUUGUCCAAUGCGAUUAGAGUGAAUGAGGAGAUGAGGAGAUCCGGAGGAAGUCCCAGUAAGAGUUUGUCAAUGAGUGCCGCCGGAAGUCUACCGCUGGUGGAGGAUCCGUCGCCUUCGAGAGCCGAAGGUCCGGUGGAAAUCGCCAAGGACGCACUUGACUCCUCCAUCGGGGAGGAUAAGGAGGCUCUUGCUCAGAAACUUUCGCAAUUGCACACGGUUGGACACUCAAAGGACGUGAGACUGAGAGAUGAUCGAGAGCUGAGGCACACACAGCAAAUGUCCCUGCUUGCCCAUAAAGAUGUUUUAAGUACUUUACCGCCUGAAGCUGCAGCCAGACUUAUCAAUGCCAAUUAUACACUUUCGAGAGACGUUCAGAGUCAAUCGAGCGUUUUGAUGAAUUGGCUGUGGGGCAAAAGCACACCGAAGGUGAUGCACAUGUGAUGAAAGAAAACAAAUGAAGCUGAAAUCAUUCUCGCUUCGUCCUGGAAAUACAUUCCUUGUAGGAAGCAACUGCCAAUAAUUAAAAAAAACUAAUCUGAUGAAAAAUUCAGUCUUGGAAUGCAAGAAGACUUAAUUAAAGUAAAAAAAAAAAUAACGAUCUAGACAGAAAAUUUUAAACAAAAGAGACUUUUAGGUGCAAACUAUUGUAAUAUAUUUUAGCAACAAAUGAAAUAAUUCUAUAUAAAUAAUAUGUAUAAUAAGUAAGUGAAGUAUUUAUGAGAGUUGCCUUGAUGAAAAAAAAAUUGUACAUUUCGGUUAUUUUUUUGAUAUCAACUCCUUUUUGCCAUGAAUAUCGUUUUCUCAUACAGUGCAUUGUUCACGAUAAAAAAAAAGGUCUGCGUUAAAUCACGAUUUGUGAAUAUAUUUAAGCAUUAGAAAAUGAGAGAGAAGAAUUUUUUUUUUCUCUCCUAAGAUCGUGAUUUUUCGUCUGACAAAAUAUAUUUAUAAAUAAGUAAAAUUAUAUUUUUAGAAAUGUGUACAUGUAAAAUUACUUAAUGUGACAGUACAUUACAUGUGACAGUCAUUGUGUUUAUCAGUCAUGCAAAAUUUUGUACAGAAUAAGAAUUUCCGAUGGUUGAUUAUUAUUAAUAAAGAGCCGUUUAGGCAUUUAUUGUAAA